CCUGGACCACCUGGAACUGGGUCCUUGUCCUCUCUAGGCUAACAGUUCAGCAUCUAUGAUACUUGCUGAAGCUAGAGGACCAACUCAGCAGUGAGACGUGGCUGCUGCAGCUUUACAGGGCAGGAGAAUACCAGCUGAGGACAUGGAUCCACACGGGGCCCUUUUCUUCUGCCUGUGCCUUCUAGCUGCUCAAGUUGUCCUAGUAGAAACCCAGUCAGAGAUACUGACCUUCAUGAAGCGCCUUGAGCAGCCCAUAGGCCGAAGCUUGUUUUCCAGAGGGAGGCAUAUCCAGCACCUGGAGCAGAUGCUGCUCAAUGCCAGCUUCUGUGGGCACAACUUGACCUUGCAGACAAACUCCAUCCAGUCUCUGGUCUUCAAGCUGAGCUGUGACUUUUCUGGUCUCUCCUUGUCCAGUGCCACCCUGACAAAUGUCUCCCAGGCAUGGGCCCCACAUGCCAUGCAGUUCCCUGAUGAGCUGACCAAGGGUACCUGUGUGACCUCCCGGCCUGCUGAGCUACGACUCAUCUGUAUCUACUUCUUCACUACACACCUCUUUCAGGAUGACCAGAACUCAUUACUGCUCAAUAACUAUGUCCUGGGGGCCCAGCUGGAUCACAAGCCUGUGAAAAACCUUCAGAAGCCAGUCAACAUCAGCUUCUGGCACAAUCGGAGUCUGGAAGGGUAUACGGUAACCUGUGUCUUCUGGAAGGAGGGAGCCAGCAACCGCAGCUGGGGGGCCUGGAGCCCUGAGGGCUGUUACACAGAGCAGCCCUCAGGCACUCAGGUUCUCUGUCAUUGCAAUCACCUCACCUACUUUGCUGUGCUCAUGCAGUUCUCUGGAGACCCGGUGCCCACUGAGCUGCGGGUGCCUCUUGAGUACAUCUCCCUUGUGGGUUGCAGCAUCUCCAUUGUGGCCUCGCUGCUCUCCAUACUGCUGUGUGCUCACUCCAGGAAGCAAAGUGACUCCACCACAGGUAUCCAUAUGAACCUGCAUGGCUCUGUUCUGCUCCUGAAUGUCACCUUCCUUCUGAGCUCCCAGAUGGCCCUGCCCACAGUGCCCAGGCCAGUCUGCAUGGUGCUGGCUGCCACCCUACACUACGCACUGCUCAGCAGCCUUACCUGGAUGGCCAUUGAAGGCUUGAACCUCUACCUUCUCCUGGGGCGUGUCUACAACAUAUACAUCCACAGAUACUUGCUCAAGCUCUGCCUGCUGGGCUGGGGGUCUCCAGCCUUCUUGGUGCUGCUUCUUCUGGUGGUCAGGAGCUCAGUGUAUGGACCCUGUGUGAUCUCUUUCUCCAAAAGCCAGGAAAAUGGUACAGGCUUCCAGAAUGUGUCCAUGUGCUGGAUAUGCAGUCCCAUGGUACGUAGCAUCUUGGUCAUGGGCUAUGGUGGCCUCACAUCUCUCUUCAACCUGGUGGUGCUGGCCUGGGCGCUGUGGAUCGUGUGCAGGCUACGGGCACGGGAGAAGGUGCUGAGUCCCUGGGCCUACCGGGACACUGUCAUGGUGUUGGGCCUCACUGUGCUACUGGGUACCACCUGGACCCUGGCCUUCUUCUCCUUUGGUGUGUUCCUGCUGCCUCAGCUUUUCCUCUUUACCAUCUUCAACUCGCUCUAUGGUUUCUUCCUCUUCCUGUGGUUCUGCUCCCAGAAGCGUUACUCAGAUGCCGAAGCCAAGGCAGGGAUGGAGGCAGUCAGUUCCUCCCAGAUGAUGCACUAA